UGCUUUAUUUCCCCCCAUGUACGCCAUGUGGCCAGCGUGUUGUCGCAAGUUCUGAGUACGCGCACUGCCAAUCGAAUGCACGCAUACGCGCGUGCCAUCUGUCAAAGUUAUCGUCUGCUGUCGUCUGUCAUUCCCGCUUGCCACCUGUCGGUGUAACGGCACUACCGAUCUGCCGCGAACAAUCUCGGAAAGUCUGUCGUAGGCAGGUGCUUAGCAGACGGCCGUCUGUUUAGUGUUCGUGAUUACGUUUGCCGCUUGGGACUAUUUUUUUUCUUCGUAUUCUUUUUUAUAAAUUCCUUCUCGUUGGAAUGUCACCAUGUAGAAAUUUGUUCAGCCGCUUCCAGUGGAGUUGUAAGUUCGGUUGGGAAUACAGGAAGCAGACGAGAGAGAGAGUUUCGUUUUAUAUUUUAGAGAAAAAAUAAGAAAGCAGAAGAUUUUUGAAGACGAAGAAAAAAUAUGUUAAGAACUGUGAAUAAUUUUAUGUGAUGUUGGUCAUUUGAAACUAUUGGGGUUUUUUUCUACAGUUGUGAUAUGUACUUUUGUUGUUUUGCGGGUUGAACAAAGCAAGCCAUGAAAAUCUGUGACAAGUCCUUGACUACUUAUGUGCCACUUAGGUUUGCCGACGAUAAUGAUAGUACAUAUAACGUGUACACCAUCGCCUCGCGAUCUUACCCAUCACACAUCAGAUCGCUACUUCCGGCGUCGGAAAACCAUAUGGCAGAGUACAUGGCCCUCGAGAAGGCCCGUCGGCGAUUGCGCAAUGUGAUCAUUUCCCUGAUGGUGUUCGCCAUUUCCGUUGCCCUGCUGGCCGUUUCUCUAGUCAUCGUCUUUCAGAAAGACUCCGCCAACGAAAUGGAGAUUAAUACGCAAGAAAAUGGGCGUCCAGUCAUCUCGUGGCAACGGACGGAAGUUCUGGUUGAAACCCUGAAUGUGACGUCAACCAGUGAAGCUGACCAAUCAAAAACACCGUCUAAUAGAAAGUCACAGUCAGCGGUUGUCGCGACACUGCAAGACACGCGGUCCAAGUGCGUGGGGGAAUGCUGGGCGUACGCUGCUUUCCGGUUCCGGUCCACGUGUGAAAAUGGCUUCUGUCGUUGUAAUGGCCGACACUAUAACCGUCUCACGUGUUUACCCUCGUUCAGCGGAUGUGACGUAGAGAGGAACUACCGAGGACUCGUUCUGGCCAAACUGCGUGGAGUCAAGCAGAACGUGUUCGGGUGCCGCGCGAAACGAAAACACGCCACCAACUUCCACAUUCUGAGCAUCUUCGGCAAUCAUCGGGCCUCUACGACCGAAGUGAGAAUCACGGGAAAUUCGUCAACUCCGGCAGUAUUAGUGUUAGUCAACUACCACCCUGUGACGUGGAAGGUGACGUCAGACCAAAGUGCUGCUAUUCGGAAAGUAGUUCUGGUAUCGUACAAUCAUCUAUCAAAAAGCAAUAUUCUUUUGGCGGAUCUGAAGAAAGAUACGGAACCGGAAGUUGCUAGACUGGUCUCGCAAACCGGAUAUGGCGAAGACAAAUUUGGCGGUCACACGCCAGAGUUACUGGAAACCAUUGAAAAAAUGGUUGGCUCGUUUGAGACGUUUAGCGGAACUUCUCACGCGGAUUACUGGGAGAUCGGUUUAGACGAUCCUGCCUAAAUCUAGAUAAUCCUAGACAAAGAAAAAAAAAAGUAAAUUAUGCAGUGAGACAAAUCGUUGUUGACGAUAUUAACAAUGGAGCAGUGGUUUUAUGAAGUGCUAAUACAAGGACUUGCGUUGGCCUUUACUUACAGAAUGAAGUGCUAAGAUUAUGCGUUGACGUUUUAUCAACAAAAUGAAGUGCUAAGAUUAUGCAUUGACGUUUACCAACAAAAUGAAGUGCUAAGAUUAUGUUUGACGUUUACCAGCAAAAUGAAGUGCUAAAAUUAUGUUUGACGUUUACCAGCAAAAUGAAGUGCUAAGAUUAUGUUUGACGUUUACCGGUAAAAUGAAGUGCUAAGAUUAUAAGACUUUUACCGGUAGGAUGGAAGAAUGGUUAGCUAGGCCACCAUGUCUAAGGCUGUUCGGCAGUGGAUUCGCACCCCCAGUACUGCUUCCAAAGCAGAUUAACUUGGCAGUUCAGUUGGCAGGUGUAAACUUUACUGCACAUACGUUAUUCCUCACCAAACAUUAACCCUUGUCCUGAAGCAAACACCAGAGAUUUAAUUGUGCUGUAACCUGUACCUAAUUCACUAAAACUCUCGCAACUUUGCGAUCUUGCAGUGCAGUGCAAAAACUACUUACAGGGACGAUGUGAUGUAGUUUAAGAGAGUUUAAGAGAGCCUAAGCGAGCUUUGUGAAUUAGGCUCCAGGACAAUACGACUGAGCCUUAAUAAUCAAAAUAAGCUUGAGAUUAAAGUCAACAUUUUUCCUCUCCACCAUGAACAGUUCACCUUGCAGUGACCUCCGUGGAUGUGUCCAGGAAAGGCGUGCUUGAAUCGUUAAUGCAUAUAAUCACGUCAUGUCAAAAUAUGGAUUGGAUUUAAUUGAGGCCAAAAACAAAUGUGUUUCCGGGCACCUGACUUUUUUGUUCUUCUUUUUGUUUUUCUUCUCUUUUUUUCUCUUUUUUUCAGGCACGAGUGACCUUUUGUUUUGUGACGAUUGGUGGGUUGGCAAAGUUUCGUCGAUAACAAUUUAUUUAAAAUUACCUCCCUUUUUGUUGUUUUAUUGUGUUGCACGGAACAAAUGGCUGACAGAAAGAAAGAAACACGAACUUGCUUGAUUCAUUGAAAUGGAUAUUCAGUUGGUUUCAUGGAACGAGGAUCAGUUGUAUACAGCCGAAUGUUUUUAUUACCAACAGCUAGUGUUGAAGCAAUAUAGACAGCACAGACAUCUUUGUUUCACUGAACUGGAUAUCCAGUUGGUUUUCUGGAACGAGGAUCAAUUCUAUACAGCCGAAUGUUUUGACUACCAACAGCUAGCGUUAAAGCAAGAUUAUAACUGCGAGAAGAAAGCACAGACAUCUUUGUUUCACUGAACUGGAUAUCCAAUUGGUUUUCUGGAACGGAUGAUCAAUUGCAUUGGCGGAUCCAAAGGAGUGGGGUCAAAGGGGUCCCGUGAUCACCAUCACCACCACCCCCCACACACAUACGUUUGGACUGUUCUUUUUAAUAACUUUUGGUAGGGGACUUUAAAAUUUAUCAUUCACAAUAUACAGUAUUAAAUGCCCUGAAAACCCUCUCAGACUCUGUACAUGCCUAUGCCCAAUAAAGGUUCAGGCAUGUCUCUCUCUCUCUCGGAUCCGGCUCCUGGCAUAGUCAGCGGCCUGAUCCGGGGGAGAGUCCUGAAAACGCAUCUCUGGGAAUUUUGAUAUUAAAAAUCCCCCCCCCCCCCCCCCCCCCGCUCCACACUGAUCUCGCUUCCUCUGGGACUCUUUCUCAUUUGCCUUCGACAAAUUCAAAUUACCCUCUUUAGGGAUUCUGUGACACCCCUGUACACAAUCCUGGAUCCGACUCUGAUGAAUUGUGUAAUUUUGACAACCAAUAUCAAAGCAAGAUUAUGAUACAUUCGUUAUAGAAUCAACAUGUAAAGCAUGUUUUACGUCAGAAGUCCGAUAUCUUUUCUGUGUAUAGGAUAUGUACAGACAGCCUUUUGCCUAUUGAAUGUAUCAAUAGGGUUAAUUAUUGUGCAAUUUGUAUUUUACGGUUAUUCCCAAUCUAAUUAAAAUUAGCUCCAUUAUUACAUGUGGAUCUAACAGCAGCCCGUUGGAGCCCAUGUCCAGUUGACCUUUCAUUCGACCAAUUAAAACCUUACUUGCAAAAUCAUGCCAGUGA